AUGGGUGCUCUUCGUAGAAUCAAGACGAAGCGUCGCACAAGAGAUUACGACCAGGUCCUGGCCGACCUUGAUUCCCCGCGCCACUUGUCGCAAUACAAGGAGACCAAGGAUGUCGAGGAUCUACCGGGAUUAGGACAGCACUAUUGCAUGGAGUGCUCCAAGUGGUUCGAGAGCGACUACAACCUCAAGGCCCAUAUGAAGGGCAAGAAUCACAAGCGCAGACUUCGUAUUCUCAAGGAGGAACCUCACAGCCAGAGAAUCGCUGAGGCUGCGGUCGGACUCGGUGCCGCGGAUAAUGUCCAGCGUCGGCAGGACGACAACGUGGAGAUGAAAGAUUGA